AAUCAGUAAAUAAUACAAUAAUUCUGCUCUCUAAAUAUAUUAUGCUAUGAUAUGACCACCGCCUGCAUUAUACCACAGAUAUCUAUACCAUAGUAUGCUAUUCUAAUCACGACUAAAGAUAUAAUUAGGGAUGUGCGUUACUAUUCCCUUUUUAGCGCCUUUUAGAAGUCUUCACUUCGUGCAUUUGUGGUUAUUUAUUGUCCUUAUAACGCCUACAAAGGAAUGUUUACGCAAUUUGGGAACCACUGGUCUUUCUUAUCAAAUAUUGCUAGCAGAAACAUACAUAUAAAAUUUAAUAGUAAAUUAGCGUGUUGUUUGUAAUUAAAUUGUAAUAUAAUUUUUUGAUUGGAACUAAUAAUUGGAUACUUAGUUAUUACCUAAAUAGAAGGAUUAAUGAUAAAUCGUUAAUCAUUUGAGAUGGAAUUAACGCUUGAACAAAGGAAACGAAUCGAGGAAAACAGGAAAAAAGCAUUGCUAAUUAGACAAGAAAAAUCAAAAGUUAGAGUAUCUGCACAACCAUAUCAAAAGUAAAUUAGAUAUUUUCAAACAUACUUUCACUAAAAUUGAAAUGUACUAUAUUCAAUUUUAAUAUCGAUUUUUUUUUUUUAUAAAUCAAAUACAAAGGCCUGUUAAACAAGCACAGUCAGACAAAAAUGUUGUAACAGUUGCUGGACAAUCUUAUGUUGAUACUGAAGCUGGGUUUUUGCUUAAUGAGGAUGAUUUGUCAGAUAAAAUCAAACCAGUAUGAUGAUUUAUUAUGUGAUUUACUUAAUAAUAGACUAUUUUGAUGAAUUCAAUCAUUUAAUGUUGUAAACCAUAUUUAAAUAAUAUUUUUUAAGUCUUAACAAUACUCAAUAAUUUUAAAUAUUUUUGACUAAUAAUUAAAUAUAAAUAAAUUUGUAAUAUUUAUAAACGUAUUUAAUAUUUAGGUAGUAUUAGCACAAGAACCAAAUCCAAUAUUACCGAAAACUGAACAACCGACAUGUAUAGAAUGUAAUCAAGAAUUUGGCAUUUCUUAUUUAAUGACACAUUUUGAUCAUCCUGUUUGUGAUAGAUGCAAGUAUGUUAUAUUGGUACAAAUUACAAAUUAAUUUAGCUGUAAAGAAUUAAAAUAUUGAUCAAUACUUAUAUAAUCCAAAAAUUAGUAUAGUUAGAUUUUAUUAUAUACAAUUUUGUUUGUACUUUUGUAUAGAGAAAAAUCUGGAAAAGAUAAAUUUGAUUUAAUCACCAAAACAGAAGCUAAAAAAGAAUAUUUAUUAAAAGACUGUGAUAUUGAUUUGCGUCCACCACCACUAAGAUAUAUUCUUGGAAAAAAUCCACAUAAUUCCAGAUGGGGUGAAAUGAAAUUAUAUCUUUUACUUCAAGUAAGUAAAUAGAAAUAAUAUAGAUUUAUAGCAAAAGGCAUAUUAAUUAAAUUAUAAGUAUCUACAUAAUUAAAAAAUUAUACAUUUGAAUUUGAUAUUUUUUUUAGUGUUGAAAUUUAUUUUAACUAAUACUAAAUCUAUUUAUAGACUUUUUAUUAUAGAUUUCUAUUUGAAAAUUAAAAUUAGGUUGUUGUUUUACCCCCAAAAAUAAGGGUGACAAAAAUAACACAAAUAUAAAAUUGUGGAGUAGCUUGUUUCUUAAAUGUUCUAGAAAACAAAUUCCUGAAAAAGUUAAUACUUUCCGAUAUAAUGAGUGUACCCACUUAAAUGAAUCACCUGGUACAUAAAUAGGUGUUUAUUAAUAUUAGUAUUUUAUUCUAUAAGACGACACAAAUUUAAAAUUUAAAUGAAGAAUGGAGCACAUAUUUCAACUUUUUUUUUUGGUUAAUAAACAGCAAUGGUGGAUCUGUCAAUAUUGCUGCCCCACUGCUGUCAUUGUUUAUUAUAAAUAAAAUUUAAACAUAAUACAUUGAAAAGUAAGGGGUGUGAAAGACCUCUCUACUACAACCCCUUACAAUUCAGCAAUUAAAUUGUUUGAGUUGAGAUGAAUACAACUAUUUUCAAUAACUGCUUAUCUGAGUUAACUCGAUAAAACAUUUUCAACUUGUAGAUAAGAUAUGUUCUUAUCGAGAUACAGUAUAGUAUAAUACUUUAAAUAUUUGAUGUUUAACAUUUAUAGGUUGAAAAAAGAGCAUUAGAAGUCUGGGGUUCUGAAGAAGAAGUUGAACGACAAAUUGAAUUAAGACAAGAAAAGCAAAAGAUUUCAAAAUUAAAAACGUAUAAGAAAAAAGUUAAAGGUAUAAUAAUUAUUUUUUUAAUUAAUUUAUGUUUUAUUAGAUUUUUUUUUUUUUUAGAAUUAAGAAUGUCAACUCGAAGUAGUUUAUACACAAAAGUCACAAAAGCAUCUCAUGAACAUGAAUUUGAUGCAGAAAUUUAUAAUGAAGAAGAUGAUAAUUAUGAACGUACUUGUAGUUCUUGUGGAUUUCAUGAAAUUUUUGAAAAGAUGUAGAUAUUUUUUUUAAUAUUAUAAUUUAAUUUAUUAUAUAUUUUAUUUUAAUUGUAAUAAAACAUUGUAUUU